CACCGGCGUCGGCGCUGUCCGCGCCCGGUGCUGACCAAGAUGGCAGGCGGCGCCCGGGCCCCGGCGAGCGCGGAGCUGCCCCGGCCGCGCGGCCACUGAGCCAGAGCCAUGUCGCUGCUCUGCGUGGGAGUCAAAAAAGCCAAGUUUGACGGUGCCCAAGAGAAAUUCAACACGUACGUGACCCUGAAGGUGCAGAAUGUCAAGAGCACGACAAUCGCCGUUCGAGGCAGCCAGCCCAGCUGGGAGCAGGACUUCAUGUUCGAGAUCAACCGCCUGGACCUGGGGCUGACCGUAGAGGUGUGGAACAAGGGUCUCAUCUGGGACACCAUGGUGGGCACCGUGUGGAUCCCACUGCGGACCAUCCGCCAGUCCAAUGAGGAGGGCCCGGGGGAGUGGCUGACGCUGGACUCCCAGGUCAUCAUGGCCGACAGCGAGAUCUGCGGCACCAAAGACCCCACUUUCCACCGCAUCCUGCUGGACACGCGCUUCGAGCUGCCCCUGGACAUCCCCGAGGAGGAGGCGCGCUACUGGGCCAAGAAGCUGGAGCAGCUGAACGCCAUGCGCGACCAGGACCAGUACUCCUUCCCAGACGAGCCGGAGAAGCCGCUGCCGGUGCCCAGCAGCCAGUGCUGCAACUGGAAUUACUUCGGCUGGGGUGAACAGAAUGAUGACCCCGACAGUGCAGUGGAUGACCGGGACAGUGACUAUCGCAGUGAGACGAGCAACAGCAUCCCACCACCCUACUACACCACCUCUCAGCCCAAUGCCUCAGUGCACCAGUAUUCUGUCCGCCCGCCGCCCCUGGGCUCCCGAGAGUCCUACAGCGACUCCAUGCAGAGCUACGAGGAGUUUUCCGAGCCACAGGCCCUCAGUCCCACGGGCAGCAGCCGCUACGCGUCAUCUGGCGAGCUGAGCCGGGGCAGCUCACAGCUGAGCGAGGACUUCGACCCCGAGGAGCAGAGCCUGCAGGGCUCGGAGCUGGAGGACGAGCGGGACCGCGACUCCUACCACUCGUGCCACAGCUCGGUGAGCUACCAGCAGGACUCGCCGCGCUGGGACCAGGACGCCGAGGAGCUGGACGAGGAGGAGCUGGAGGAGGAGGAGCUGGAGGAGGAGGAAGAGGAGGCUGUGCCCGACGACCUGGCCAGCUACGCCCUGCGCCAGGAGCCCGCGGUGGCUGAGCCCAAGGACUUCAAGCGCGUGAGCCUCCCUCCCACCGUCCCCGAGAAGGAGGCGGCAGCCCCGGGGCUGCCCACCGAGGGCCCCGACCUAGCCAAGGCAGCCCCUAAGCCGGCCACGACCGAGGAGACGCCCGCACCUGAGCCCCCCGAGGCGGAGGAGAGUUUCAGGCCCCAAGAGGAUGAAGGCCGGGAAGGCCAGGACUCCAUGUCCAGGGCCAAGGCCAACUGGCUGCGCGCCUUCAACAAGGUGCGGAUGCAGCUUCAGGAGGCCCGGGGAGAAGGAGAGCCCAAGUCCCUGUGGUUCAAGGGCAGCCCUGGAGGUGGCCUUAUCAUCAUCGAUAGCAUGCCAGACAUCCGCAAGAGGAAGCCCAUCCCGCUCGUGAGCGACCUGGCCAUGUCCCUGGUCCAGUCCCGAAAGGCGGGCAUCACGUCGGCUCUAGCCUCCAGCACGCUGAACAAUGAGGAGCUGAAAAACCACGUUUACAAGAAGACCCUGCAAGCCUUAAUCUACCCCAUCUCCUGCACCACACCGCACAACUUCGAGGUGUGGACGGCCACCACGCCUACCUACUGCUACGAGUGCGAGGGGCUGCUGUGGGGCAUCGCGCGGCAGGGCAUGCGCUGCACCGAGUGCGGCGUCAAGUGCCAUGAGAAGUGCCAGGACCUGCUCAACGCCGACUGCCUGCAGCGGGCCGCGGAGAAGAGCUCCAAGCACGGCGCCGAGGACCGAACGCAGAACAUCAUCAUGGUGCUCAAGGACCGCAUGAAGAUCCGGGAGCGCAACAAGCCCGAGAUCUUCGAGCUCAUCCAGGAGGUCUUCGCCGUGACCAAGUCGGCGCACACGCAGCAGAUGAAGGCGGUGAAGCAGAGCGUGCUGGAUGGCACGUCCAAGUGGUCGGCCAAGAUCAGCAUCACGGUGGUCUGCGCCCAGGGCCUGCAGGCCAAGGACAAGACGGGCUCCAGCGACCCUUACGUCACGGUCCAGGUCGGCAAGACCAAGAAACGGACGAAAACCAUCUACGGCAACCUCAACCCCGUGUGGGAGGAGAACUUCCACUUCGAAUGUCACAACUCCUCCGACCGCAUCAAGGUGCGCGUGUGGGAUGAGGACGACGACAUCAAGUCCCGCGUGAAGCAGAGGUUCAAGAGAGAGUCGGACGACUUCCUGGGGCAGACGAUCAUCGAGGUGCGGACGCUCAGCGGCGAGAUGGACGUGUGGUACAACCUGGACAAGAGAACUGACAAGUCUGCAGUGUCAGGUGCCAUCCGGCUGCACAUCAGCGUGGAGAUCAAGGGUGAGGAGAAGGUGGCCCCCUACCAUGUCCAGUACACCUGCCUGCACGAGAACCUCUUCCACUUCGUGACGGACGUGCAGAACAACGGUGUCGUGAAGAUCCCGGACGCCAAGGGCGACGACGCCUGGAAGGUUUACUACGACGAGACGGCCCAAGAGAUCGUGGACGAGUUCGCCAUGCGCUAUGGCGUGGAGUCCAUCUACCAAGCCAUGACCCACUUCGCCUGCCUGUCCUCCAAGUACAUGUGCCCCGGGGUGCCCGCCGUCAUGAGCACCCUGCUCGCCAACAUCAACGCCUACUACGCGCACACCACCGCCUCCACCAACGUGUCUGCCUCCGACCGCUUCGCCGCCUCCAACUUCGGGAAAGAGCGGUUCGUGAAGCUCCUGGACCAGCUGCACAACUCGCUGCGGAUCGACCUCUCCAUGUACCGGAACAACUUCCCAGCCAGCAGCCCAGAGAGGCUCCAGGACCUCAAAUCCACUGUUGACCUUCUCACCAGCAUCACCUUCUUCCGGAUGAAGGUCCAGGAGCUGCAGAGCCCACCCCGAGCCAGCCAGGUGGUGAAGGACUGCGUGAAAGCCUGCCUCAACUCGACCUACGAGUACAUCUUCAACAACUGUCAUGAGCUCUACAGCCGAGAGUACCAGGCAGACCCGGCCAAGAAGGGGGAGGUCCCCCCAGAGGAGCAGGGCCCCAGCAUCAAGAACCUCGACUUCUGGUCCAAGCUGAUCACCCUCAUAGUGUCCAUCAUCGAGGAAGACAAGAACUCUUACACCCCCUGCCUCAACCAGUUUCCCCAGGAGCUGAAUGUGGGCAAGAUCAGCGCUGAAGUGAUGUGGAAUCUGUUUGCCCAAGACAUGAAGUAUGCCAUGGAGGAGCAUGACAAGCACCGCCUGUGCAAGAGCGCCGACUACAUGAACCUGCACUUCAAGGUCAAGUGGCUCUACAACGAGUAUGUGGCCGAGCUGCCCACCUUCAAGGACGGCGUGCCCGAGUACCCCGCGUGGUUCGAGCCCUUUGUCAUCCAGUGGCUGGACGAGAACGAGGAGGUGUCCCGGGACUUCCUGCAUGGUGCCCUGGAACGCGACAAGAAGGAUGGGUUCCAGCAGACCUCGGAACAUGCCCUGUUCUCCUGCUCGGUGGUGGAUGUCUUCUCCCAGCUCAACCAGAGCUUUGAGAUCAUCAAGAAGCUCGAAUGCCCUGACCCCCGGAUUGUGGGGCACUACAUGAGGCGCUUUGCCAAGACCAUCAGCAAUGUGCUCCUCCAGUACGCUGACAUCAUCUCCAAGGACUUCGCCUCCUACUGCUCCAAGGAGAAGGAGAAAGUGCCCUGCAUCCUCAUGAACAACACGCAGCAGCUCCGCGUCCAGCUUGAGAAGAUGUUUGAGGCCAUGGGAGGCAAAGAGCUCGAUGCCGAGGCCAGCGACAUCCUGAAGGAGCUUCAAGUGAAACUCAACAACGUCCUGGAUGAGCUCAGCCGGGUGUUUGCGACCAGCUUCCAGCCGCACAUCGAAGAGUGUGUCAAACAGAUGGGCGACAUCCUCAGCCAGGUGAAGGGCACGGGCAAUGUGCCCGCCAGUGCCUGCAGCAGUGUGGCCCAGGAUGCUGACAAUGUGCUCCAGCCCAUCAUGGACCUGCUGGACAGCAACUUGACUCUCUUCGCCAAAAUCUGCGAGAAGACGGUGCUGAAGCGGGUGCUCAAGGAGUUGUGGAAGCUGGUCAUGAACACCAUGGAGAAGGCCAUCGUCCUGCCACCGCUUACCGACCAGACGAUGAUCGGCACCCUCUUGAGAAAGCAUGGCAAGGGAUUAGAAAAGGGCAGGGCGAAACUGCCAGGCCACUCAGACGGAACCCAGAUGAUCUUCAAUGCAGCCAAGGAGCUGGGCCAGCUCUCCAAACUCAAGGACCACAUGGUACGAGAAGAGGCCAGAAGCCUGACCCCGAAGCAGUGUGCAGUGGUUGAACUGGCUCUGGACACCAUCAAGCAAUAUUUCCACGCGGGGGGCGUGGGCCUCAAGAAGACCUUCCUGGAGAAGAGCCCGGACCUGCAGUCCCUGCGCUACGCCCUGUCGCUCUACACGCAGGCCACCGACCUGCUCAUCAAGACCUUCGUGCAGACCCAGUCGGCGCAGGUCCACGGUGGCAAGGGAGCUAGGUUUACCCUUAGCGAAGACAUUUAUCCUGAGAAGGGCUCGGGUGUAGAAGACCCCGUGGGCGAAGUCUCUGUCCACGUUGAGCUCUUCACUCACCCAGGAACCGGGGAACAAAAGGUCACAGUGAAAGUGGUGGCUGCCAAUGACCUCAAGUGGCAGACCUCAGGCAUCUUCCGACCAUUCAUCGAGGUCAACAUCAUCGGGCCCCAGCUCAGCGACAAGAAACGCAAGUUUGCCACCAAAUCCAAGAACAACAGCUGGGCGCCCAAGUACAACGAGAGCUUUCAGUUCACGCUGAGCGCCGACGCGGGCCCCGAGUGCUACGAGCUGCAGGUGUGCGUCAAGGAUUACUGCUUUGCGCGGGAGGACCGCACGGUGGGGCUGGCCGUGCUGCAGCUGCGCGAGCUGGUCCAGCGCGGGAGCGCCGCCUGCUGGCUACCUCUCGGCCGCCGCAUCCACAUGGACGACACCGGCCUCACAGUGCUGCGCAUCCUCUCGCAGCGCAGCAAUGACGAGGUGGCCAAGGAGUUCGUCAAGCUCAAGUCCGACACGCGGUCGGCUGAGGAAGGCGGCUCUACGCCUGCGCAGUAGCGCGGGGGAGAGAGAGAAAGCCGGGCGGGUGGCACUGCGCCUGCGCGCAGUAGGGUGGGGCUCGCUGAGAGGGAACUGCGCCUGCGCCCUGGACAUGUCUCCGUCCUCCAGGGACUUGAGCGGCGGAUGCCCUGCCCUGUAAGAGCCCAUCCAGGACGUUGAAGGAAGAAGCCACACCCCUCCCCGAGGCCACGCCCCCACCCAAGGGGCCUUUCGCGGGGACGCGGCUGGCCACCUCCUGUCCCCUGGAAAAGCCAUAGCCGGGGCCCAGCCCGCCUGAGACCAUUGCCAAGCACGCAGCCUCAGCCCCGCGCGGCGGCGGGGUGAGCAGGGCUUCCCGACCGAGGUGGCGGGGGCUGAUGUGCAGAAAACGAGGGCAGGGGAGUUCAAAAGCACACGCGCCCUUGGGCGCCAAGCCCUGGGCCCGGCGGGCACUGGGGCUGCGCACGGCCUCUGUGCCCCGACACCCCAGCCUGCCCGUGGCAGGGGCGCCAACCCUGCGGCCCAUUUUCCCAGUGCCGUGAUCCCACCGCGUCCCAAGGCCCAAGCCCGCACUAGGCCCCGCUGCUGCUAACGGCAGGCCCGACCAGGCCAUACCCACCGUCCCCUCUGCCAAGCAAGACCCUCCUCCACCUUCCUCCCAGACCUCACGCGAAGAGUGAGGAUUGGGGUCCCCAUCCUCCCCAUCGCCGCUUCCUCUCCCAGAACUGAGCAGCCAGGAAAGAACAGGAAGAGCCCGGAAACUAGGUGUGCGCGCGGGAGCGUGAUGCGUUCAGAGCCAGGCCCCGGAAUCUCCCCCACUCAUCCCCACGCUGGCCGCAGGACUCUGGCUUCAGGGCCCCGGGUGGGAGGCUCUUCCUCCCGAGACAGUUGGGGUAACCUACGGAAGGUGGCCUCAGUCAGCGCGGUCUCUACACACCUGCUGCUGCACCUGGACCCCAAGUGAGGCCGGCAGGGGAGGACUGAACAGACCAGAGAGUCGCUGGACCUCAGGCGGGGCGGGGUUCCGGAGGUGGAUAUUCAGUCGUGGCUGGAGGCCGCUCACUGCAAAAGACCCUCCCUCUGCCCCUCAGGACUUGCCCCCCUCCUGUCCCCUCCAGUCCAACCCUGAUGCUGUCAGACUGGGAGAGCUGAAGUCUGCUUUCUGCAGGACUGGGGCCACCCCUCUCCGGGUGGCAGGGAGGUUGUGCGGGCCGGAAGAGACCUGAGCAUGCAGGACAGGAGACAGAGCCCAGGAAUGCCGCGGGUGCAAAGGCUCCAGGGCGGGAGGCCAGGGAGGAGACCUCUCUUCUGCUGUCCCACAACCAGGCCAGGCGGUGCCCACCCCACCCAGGCCCUGCCCAAGACCCAGUCUGCUCCCCAUCAGACACGCAAAAAAUCUCGACCCCGACGCGCAACCCUUGGGGCCACUGGGCUGGGCUCUGAGUCACCGCGCGCCCCUCGUGUCCAUCCUGCCGAACCGGGCGAGGGUCGCAGCCUUUCCUAAGAAUCGUUAAGGACCAAAGUCGUCUUCGCUGACAGCUGUUCCUUUUCUCUUCGCCUUUUCUUUUUUAAAGAGAGAAAUCAAACUGACAGUGUCAAGCAGACCCUCCCCGCGGCUCGACACAGGGCACAGGUGGCUGGCGAUGCCCGCCCAGCCCCGCCCCGCUCGCCAGGCCCCGGCCCUGCCGGCUGCCGUCCCCGCAUGUGAUUGCCAACGUGAAGCCCAGUCGUCGUCUGGUUUCUGUUCCCUUCUGUUCUCCUUUUCUACCCCCGCGCCAUCGGUCAGUGCCCCGUCCGAAGAGGCGUGCUCAUUUCCCUGUAAAUACGUGACUUGGGACACAAGUUCAAAGCAAACGACAAGUGCUCAUGAAUGCAUGGUGUUGAGAUGUUUUGCACUACUCUGACUUUUUGGUCUCUGUAAAAAUAUUUUAUUAACAGCAGACAUUAAAAAAGAAAAAGCACACGG